AUGGAUCCCGUCUCGGCUGUGGGCCUUGUCGCCGCUAUCAUUCAGCUGAUUGAGACGACGGCCAAGGUCAUCAGCUAUGUGAAUGACAUCAAGGAUGCCCCCACCGAGCGGGCCCAGUUUGCUCGGCACGCUUCGAGCCUUCUGGCAAUGUUGACUGAUCUGAGAUAUCGGGUAGAGGAAGCCAAGUCUGCGCCGGAUCCAUGGUUCGUGGCUCUCCGCGGCCUGGGAGCAGAGGGUGGGGCGCUGGAUCAGUUACAACACCAAAUGGAACGUUUGGCAGUGAAACUUGAGCCGUCUACAGGGCGACUUAAGAAGGUGGGAAAGGCCUUGAUUUGGGCGCUUGAUAAGAAAGAGAUCGAGGAGGUACUUGCACAGAUUGAGCGGGUCAAGACGCUCAUCACGCUUGCUCUGCAGAAUGAUCAGUUCAAGCUUGCUCUGGAGAUGAAACGAGAUCUGAUUGAUGUCAAAGAGGACAUACGGGGAGCUAUUGGUGAAGCUACCGCGGAACGACAAGAUGAAGAAUUUCAAGAGGUCACUCGCUGGCUCUCCAGCCUUGACUUUGCAGCUAAACAGAUUGACUUUCUCAAUCGGCGGCAAGCUGGCACGGGAGAGUGGCUUCUCUCUGAUCCUCGAUUUCAGCAUUGGAUAGAGGGGAAGGAGAGGACUCUGUGGUGCCCGGGGCUGCCGGGCGCUGGCAAGACGACCCUGGCAUCCAUGGUUAUUGACUGGCUUGAGACUCGGCAUCAGGGUACUACUCCUGCAGCUGUGAUCUAUCUGUACUGCAGUUACAAAGAAAAGGAGGUGCAAACGCCGCAGAACAUGAUAGGAAGCUUAUUAAAGCAGAUGGUCCAACAAGAGGCUGCUCUUCCUGACGAUGUACGCAGCCUUUACAGCAAGCAUCGUCAGAAAAAGACGAAUCCCAAGCUAGAUGAGCUCACCCGCCUACUCAUACAAGAAGCCAAGACUCGAUCACUCGUCUUCGUCGUCGUAGAUGCCCUCGACGAGUGCCCCGAACGCGGUAAUACAAGGGGUAGACUCCUCGCUGAGAUCCAAAAGUUACCCCAGAACGCACGUAUCCUUAUUACCUCUAGGUAUUCUCCAAAAAUCGAGAAGAGCUUUGAGAAAGUACCCCAUAUUGACAUCCGUGCGACGGAUGAGGACGUCAAGAUAUAUAUCAAAGCUCGCAUCGAAAACGGGAGGUCGCUGGCGAAGCAUGUCCGUUCAAAUCCGACUCUAUUGGAGGAAAUUACCGCGACCGUCGUCGAGAGUAGUCAAGGAAUGUUUCUGCUUGCCCAGUUGCACAUGGACAGCCUAGCGAAAAAGCUCACUCGCCGCGAGGUCCGCACGGCAUUGGGCAGUCUGCCCAAAGAACUUGACGAAACCUAUGAUCAGGCCAUGCAGCGGAUCCAGAGCCAAGACGAAGGCCAAGCUGCCUUAGCGCACAAAGUGUUGUAUUGGAUUUCGUGUUCGCUCCGGCCGCUCACGGUGGCAGAACUGCGGCACGCCCUAGCCGUAGAGCCUGGCGACGACGAUCUCGACGAAGAUGGCCUCUACGAAACGGAACUCAUGGUCUCGGUAUGUGCCGGCCUAGUGACCAUCAACGAGGAGAGCAACCAUAUCCGCCUAGUGCACUACACAACUCAAAGUUACUUUGAGCGCACUCGAAUAGCCUGGUUUCCCGAAGCGCUUUCAGUCAUCGCUAAGACCUGCCUGAGGUAUUUGUCAUUCAGCCCAUUUGCUGAGAAAUACUGCUCAAAUACAGAGGAACUCACGGUCCGCCUUGACAAAUAUCCGUUUUUGGGGUAUGCUGCCAGUUACUGGGGAGAUCACGUACGCGACGGAAUGGACGACGAUGUCUCUGAGCUUGCCUUGGACUAUCUGAGCAAUAACAUCAGCAUCCUAAGUACCAACCAGGCAGUCGGUGAGGCGAAAUCUAGACUCAAAUGGUAUAGCACUCGGGGUGGCGUUCCAAAUUUAAGUCGACUUCAUGCCGUCGCAUCGUUCGGUCUUGUCGAUAUCGCACGGAAUAUACUGGCAAACGGGGCCAGCGUAAAUGCGAGGGCGGAAUGGGGUACAACCCCCCUUCACUUGGCGGCAGCGGCAGGCCACAUUCAAAUGGUCCGCUUGCUGUUGCAGGCAGGAGCCAGGAUUGCACCCGAGGCGAUUGACCGACACACGCCGUUGCACAUGGCCGCCCAAGAAGGGCAUGAAUCUGUCGUGCAAGCACUCAUCGAUGCAGGAGGAGACUGUAAUGACCGUAGAAAUACACUGGGGAAGUCGCCGCUCCAUCUCGCAGCAGAGCAUGGUCACAUCGACGUAGCGCGAAUUUUGAUUGAGAGGGGAGCAGACGUUGGCCAGAAAGACGCCGUGGCACGGAGAAUAAAGCAACAUAGCGACAGAGAGUCUUCCCGCGAACCAGAUGACGAUGAGGUUAGCGACGACGAAGUGGAGUACGGUGGGACCCCGUUGAACCGAGCUGCCGAGCAGGGCCACCGCUCUUUAGUCCUCCUGCUCCUGGAUAGUGGCGCCGACAUAUCGGCAACCAACGAAGACGGCGCGACAGCGCUUCAUGAGGCAACCCGGGCUGGCCAUGUUGAGCUCGUGGAGCUCUUGAUCGCGAGAGGCAUCGACAUCUCCACCAAGAAUGAAGAUGGCCAAACUGCGUUGCACUGCGCAGCAGGUGGAGGGCAAGCAGAAAUAGCCCAAAUACUGUUGGAAAACAAUGCGGAUGUAUUAGCUGAGGACUGGAGAGGGAAAACAGCUGUCCAUGAAGCUGCUGCGUCGGGGCAUGAAGGCGUGCUCAAGAUGUUGCUCGAGAGUGUAGGUAGGGGAAACGAGACGGAGCGAUGGCUCGCAACUGCGCAUCUCCGCGGCGCGAUCGACCGAGCAGACGAAGAGGAAGUCAAAUGUCUGCUGGAAAGGGGGGCAAAUCCCAAUAUCGACUCCAAUCGGGGAGUCCCUCUUUUAUACCUCGCCGUCGUACGCGAGAAUGCCGACGUGCUGCAGCUGCUCUUGGCCAAUGGAGCUAGCGUCAAUGUGAAAGAGAGUUUCGGUAGAACUCCUCUGCAUUGGGCAGCUUAUAGAGGCUACGAUGCUGGCCUUCGGCUCCUGCUUGAGCAUGAUUGCGAUAUACAAGCGACCGAUCAUGACGGCGCAACGCCAUUGCAUAUGGCAGCGGGAUAUGGAAAUGCUUCAGUAGUGAAGGAAUUGCUAGACAAUGGAGCACGACCGGAUGCGAAAGACAGCUACAGCAGAACAGCAUUGUCGUGGGUAUUCAAUCCAUCCAGUUCUGGGCAAUAUGGGCUCAUGGUCGGGGAUGACGACGACGAUGACGAUGGCGAUGACGACGAUGACGAUGAUGACGAUGACGACCCGAUGGGACAACAGAGAAAAGACGAGGAACGAGAAAAGAAACGGCGAGAGGAAGAGAAACAGCGAGCGGAAGAACGCCUUGCUGUGCUUGAUCUUCUCAUCGAAAAUGGGGCAGAUCUAAAAGCACCGCUGCCGCACUGGCGUACCUAUCUGCUCUUGGCUUCCCAAUGCGGCCAAGGGAUAGCCGGAUUGGCUUUGAUACGACGACUUCUCGAGAACGGGGCAGAUGCGUCAGCACAGACCGACGACGGUAAGAGUGCACUAUGUUAUGCCGCAUAUUAUCGUCAGCCGGAAGUGGUCCGACUUCUCCUGGAUCAUGGUGCAAAUGUCAAUCAGGUAAAUAAGAAGACCAGUUACAUGGAAGGUAUUACGGCACUCCACGUAGCAGCGCGGUGCGGAUCGGAGGAAAUAGCCCGCCUGCUCAUCGACGCCGGGGCGGACAUGAAAGCCGCCGACGAAGAUGGGUUCACAGCAUUACAUGAGGCAGUCACAAGUGGCAGUGAUGCUAUGGUUGACCUACUUCUUGCCCACGGUGUUGACAUAAACGCCCACUAUGGCGAGAAGAAGAAAACCGUGCUUCACCAAGCAGUCAUUGAAGAGAAUAUCGCGAUGGUACAGCAUCUACUUCAAAAGGGUGCUCCUAUCGCCGCGACGGAUGCCGAUGGUAUGACAGCGCUCGACUGGGCUGAACGCACGCGUCAUGAAGCAAUGAUAUUCUUCCUACGUCGCCAUAUCUCAUCUGCUGUCUAA